AACAAGAAGAAGAAGUGAAAAUUUUGUUUUGGUUUGGAGGUGAACAGACUUCAACAAGUUUGCACGGUAGUCUAUUCUUCGGUGAAAAAAGCAGUAAAAUAACUCUUCUAGAUGCAGUUUUGUCGGAUUUGUGCCGCUUCCCUUACGGUGGAUUUGAAAUCCGUAAACAUUUUUGUAGGACUCAACCCGAUAGCAAACAUGAUUCAAGAACUUUGUGGAUUGCCGGUAUUUCAUCGUAUUUCGGACGAAUGUGGAUUACCAAGUGUUGCAUGCUCGCAAUGCGAAGCCAAAUUAAAAUCCGCUUUGAAGCUAAAGCAACAGUGUAUUAAGUCAGAAGAGAGGUUCAGACAAAUGAUUCAGCAGGAAUGCCAAUUUGCAUCUUAUAAAAGUAAUACAGAUCCGGAUGUUCCUAUAAUCAGCUAUAAAAUUCUAUAUGAUGAAGUAGUUGAACACAUUCCGCCAAACAUCGAAACUGAGUAUGUUGUAGAGGUGAAAGUUCAAAGUCUGGAAGAUGCUACAGAACCAGAGAACGAAAAGGUUUUACUCGAGUGUAUUGAUCCAAAAGAUAGAAGCAUACCCACCCACAUUUUAAAUCAAUUUGAAAAUAAUGAGUUUCAACCUGCUGUCAAUAAUUUAGAAGAAUCUUCUAAAGAAUUAAUUGAGUCAACCAUUUUUACAGGAUCAGACAUUGCACUUAACGAAAAUCAUAUAGUGGAAAACAGUUCAUCUGGUGUGGAACCAUCGGAAAUCAGAAUUAUUGACGCGGUUGUACCUGAAUGCAUGCAAAAAGGGGAACUAGAACAAAAUGGACAAGCGAUAUUAGGGACUGGUUCUACCAAAUAUGAAGUUACUUACAUGGUCGAUUCUGAGGUUGAAUCAAUUACAUUGAAGCAAAACGAACCCCAUGAGAAAAAAGUUCCUGUUGCAAAUAGUGGACAAUAUAUACCCUUUCGAUGUUGUGGCUGUGAGCAAGCUUUCAACACAAAACCAGAGUUACAGCUGCAUUCCAAGAAAAUCCACGAGUCUUUGAAAAGCACCAACCCUGAGAAACCAUUCGAAUGCAAUAUCUGUUAUAAGCGAUACACAAAUGUAAAAGGGUUCAACCUUCACCGUAGGAAUGCCUACCAACUAAAACAACAUCAAUGCUCUUCCUGUGGCAAACGAUUCAUCAAUCGAGCACUUUUGGAAAACCACGAGAGAAUUCACACUUCCCAGAAACCUUUUCCAUGCACCAUCUGUUCGAAAAAGUUUCGAUCUCGUUCAAACUUGCUGGCACACCAGAAACUACAUUCAGAGGUACCGGAACACACAAAGCACAUCUGCCAAAUAUGCAAUAAGGGUUUCAGUAGAAAAAGCUAUCUAAAACACCACGACAGCUUGCUACACAGCGAAGAGACUCCUUUUGGGUGCAACUUCUGUCCCAUCCGUUUCAAGGCGAAAGCCAACCUCCGUUUGCAUCUGAGGACACACACCCAGGAGCGACCGUAUGUGUGCGAGCUGUGCGACAAGAGCUUCAUGUACCCUACUGAUAGGAAGAGGCACAUGCUGCAGCACACUGGCCAGAAACCGUUCAAAUGUAAAGAAUGCGAUAAAGGUUUCACCCGGAAGGUGCUACUGCACAAACAUCAGGCUUCACACCGGAAGGAGAGUGUCAAGGUGGAUGAUGGCUGAUAACGGGUGAGGUUUUUUAGAUACUGAUUGCGUACGGAACACUGGUCUGGAGUAAUUGAGGCCAAGUUUCCUUCCCCCCCAUCGUCCGUGUUGGCUGGCAAGGCACGACUGUUCACUGUUUAGGUAAACGUAGCGAAGUAACGUAGAACAUAUGAGGUUUAUUUAGAUUGAUGAUUCUUUGAUCUUUUUAUUCUUGGGUUAGAAAUCAGGCAAAAAAUAAAUGAAAAUCAGUAAACCAUUUUUAUUGAUAUACCA